AUGAUUCCAAAUUUAUUUUCUCCUCAACAAAUUAACAAUCAAAAUAAGAAAAAUUUUCCUUUAAUAUCUCCUGAGCCUUCAAUUAAGAUUGCCUACGGAUCUGUGGGUAUUAGCCUUUUUUGUCUUGGUGUAAUGGCUCUAUUGCUUCCUUUGCUUCAUUAUCGGCUAGAAACUGCCUCUACGGAUAUUGAACGUCGAAUGGAUGCUUUUAAAUUCGCCUCGAGAAAUAUUUGGAAAGAAUUAUUAUUUGAAGAAUCGGGAAGCCGUGUUCGUCGCCAAUCUGGUGGUGAUUACGGGGCAGAAGAGCAAUGCACAAGCUGUGUUCAAUUACAAUGCCCUCCUGGGCCUCCAGGUCCGCCUGGAGUUAAUGGAGAGGAUGGGGUGGAUGGACAGCCUGGACGGCCGGGAAAGCCUGGUUUUGAUUAUCAACCAUCAUUUUUUUUAAUUUACUUUGAAGGACUCGAUGGACUGGAUGUACCUCUUGAACCAGAACCCAGCUUUCCAUGCGUGAUAUGCCCAGCUGGACCUCCAGGCAACAGAGGACCUCAAGGCGAAGCAGGACGACCUGGGCCACCAGGAGAACCCGGACAUGCAGGCCUUCCGGGAAGGCCAGGGAAGCCUGGUCGUGUUGGUGAUGCCGGAUUGCCUGGUGUGAGAGGAGAAACAGGAGAGCCCGGCAUGAAAGGUCCUCCUGGAGAUGACAGUAUCGGCGGAACCGGAAUCAAAGGGCCGCCAGGUCCUCCCGGCCCGCGUGGACCGAAAGGACCACCUGGACCCAAUGGCACGCCUUCACAAAAUGCCGGACCUCCAGGACCCGUUGGAGAGCCAGGACCGCCUGGUCCACCAGGAAAAAGAGGAGAGCCUGGACCUCCAGGGCCAAUAGGAGCGCCAGGUGAUGCUGGAGAAUCUGGAGGUCAUUGCCCAUCCUCAUGUGGAAUUCAAAAUAUUAUUGCACCUUCAAUUGCUGAAUUAGAUACUGGAGAUAUUCACCAACCAAAAAGUGGAGGGUAUUGA